AUGGUCACACGCAGGACGCCCCGUGCAGGUGGCGCAUCCACCAGCUCGAGCCUCGCCGGAGCCCCAUCAUCCACAGCACGAACGCCUCGCGGCAAGGGCUCAGGCCCGGCGCGCGCCGCCGCAGCGAAAGCAAAGACGAACCAGAAGAACGAUGACAGCAAGACGACAUCACCGUACUUUGACAAAAUGGCGGGAAAGGGGAAAGGCAGAGCCAGGAAACCGGCCAAAGAGGACAGCGACGACGAGCUGAGCGAUGUGCCCGAACCGACGGGCCUUACGAGCGAAAGCGAGAGUGACGACGACGACGACGAGAGUGGUUCUGGUUCUGGCUUUGGUACGGGGUCCGAUUCGGAUUCAGACCCAGCCUCUGGCGAUGCGUUUGAGCCAGAGUCGGAAUCCGAGCACGAGGAAGCGGCCGAGUCGGACAUGGACAGCGAGGACCUCGAUGCCCCAGCCCACAAGGGCAAGCGCAAGAGCACGGCGUUUGGCCACCGUACAACCCCCGGUAACCUGGACACGUCCAAACGCGCCAAGGUGGCCACGGCGCCGAAAAAUGGGAAGACCAAGGGCAAGGCCAUCGAGGUGGACGACGACUCGGACAUUGAGCUCGAGGAGGGACAGAAGGUUAUUGGCCGUAUCCACUCUGCUCCAAAGACUGGUCUCGUGCCGCCUGGUCAGAUUAGCGCCAACACUCUCAACUUCCUCGAGUGUCUCAUGUAUCCCGAGAACAACGAUCGCGACUGGUUCAGGAGCCAUGAGCCAGCGUUCAGGAUGGCAGAGAAGGAAUUCAAAGACUUUGUCCAAGUCCUCCAGGUCCACCUGUCCGAGGCCGAUACGCAACUGCCCAUCGUGCCUGCGCGCGACAUUGUCCACCGUAUCUACCGCGACGUGCGCUUCUCAGCCGACAAGUCACCAUACAAGGCCAACUUUGCGCUCUCGACCUCGCGGUCAGGCCGUAGGGGAAUCUGGGCCGGAUACCACCUCUACGUCCAGCCUGGUGGCUCGUUGAUUGCGUGCGGGACAUGGCAGCCCGAACGCGACGUGCUGCAGCGUAUCCGUACGCGACUCCUCUCCGACCCGGACACCUUGAGGCAAGCAAUCAGCGCGCCGGCCUUUGUCAAGAUGUUUGGUCCGGCCAAGCCACACGAAAAGGGCCACAGGCAGAAUAUCUACGGUCAUCCCGAUAUGCUCAAGGUCGCGCCCAAGGGGGUGGAUAGGACACACAAGGAUAUCGACUUGCUCAAGCUCCGGUCCAUCACCGUUGUCAAGUAUUUCACAGACAAAGAGGUGCUUGCGCCAGACUUUGUGGAUAAGGCCAAGGCAGUCGUGGCGGUCAUGGCGCCGUUUGUUCAUACAUUGAACGACUACAUUGCGCCAUUCGCUGCUGCAGACGACAGUGACGACUCGGACAUCGAGGCCCUGGACCAGUAG